ACGACAUAUCAGUGACGCCCUCUUUUAGACGGAAAAUUUCUUCAUGAGAACCAGGAUCUCGACCCUCCCUUUAUCUAAUUUCUUGUGAGUUAAACGGGCUUUAUAUGCCUUUGAAUCGAACAGAACAUUGAGAAAAAUCUUGAACACCUAAAGAAAACAAAUAACAUUGGCCUUGAUUCAGGCUGACAUUCACCGACAUAAACAAGAUGGGAUCCAAGGUGUUGUGGCUCAGUGUUGCUCUCAUUCCGUAUCUUAUGAUCUGUGAACAUGUCGGAGCACAAUGUACGCAGCCUUCUUUUACAUCAAGGAAUGUCACCUUGUCAGAUUCUUAUCUCUCGACUCAAAGUUUCCCAGAUGGAUCAACCGUAACAUUUGAGUGUGUAAUUGGGCAUAGACCAGUAACCUCAAGAGCAUCUAAAUCUGUUACUUGUGAAAGUAACCAGUGGACAAGUCUGGAAUUAGAGUGCACAAAAAAAAAAUGUGGGAGUCUUCCAGAUUUUGAUAAUGGUUAUUAUGAAAGAUCUGGGAAUUUAUUUGGGGACAACGUUAAAGCGGUUUGUAACAAAGGAUACUUUUUAGAUGGACAAACGGAAUACAGAUGGUGCCGAGAUCAGGGAUGGGAUGGCAGAGAUCCUGUCUGUGAAGUGGUGAAAUGUGAGGAACCUCCAGCUAUAGGAAAUGGACAGCUUGUAGAUGAGCCUUUGGACAGUUAUGAUUAUGGAAAUGCCGUGUCCUACAGAUGUAACAAUGGGUUUAGUCUUAUUGGAAGUUCAACGCUUCAUUGUGCUGAGGAUGGGACUUUUAAACCUGAUCCGCCAAAAUGUAUGGAUGGGUGUCCAACUCCUGAAAUUUCACACGCAACUAGAAUCGGUGGAAGAUCACCACCCUACAAACUGGGAAACUUUAUAGAAUACAAAUGUGCUGAUGGCUUUACAAUGAAAGGAGAAUAUCAUAUUGUGUGUGGAUCAACAGGAUGGAACCCUGAACCACCAAAGUGCAUUGCCCUGACUUCAACAACCACAACCACAACUGCCACGAUGGUAACAUCCAAGGCUCAACCUAAAGAUAUUGCCCUGACUUCAACCACAACAACCACAACUGCCACGAUGGUAACAUCCAAGGCUCAACCUAAAGACAUUGGUUCUACAGAUUCUACAGGUUCUACAUUGUCCACUGCAGCAAAAGUAUUCAUUGGAUUGGGUGUAGUUGCUGUUCUGGCCAUCAUUAUUGGAAGCUUUAUCUACAUAAAGAAACGGUCAAAACAUGUGUAUUCUGAAAAGGUGGCGACUAAAGCUCAAGAGGGAGAGUUAUAACACAUACAUGGUAAAGACAAUGGGCUAGUUGAAAGCUUUCAUGAAGAAAAUCCAAGUGAAUCCAACUGCAAAUAUUUAUCAUUUAUUCAAGCGCUUGCCAGCAGCCGUCAAGAGCCUGAGUGAUUUCUCACAGCAUAAUCAGACAUUUUAUUUUGAAAAACCAAACUCACUCUGACUACCCAUUUCUAGCAGUAGCUAACUUUACCCCAUUCUGCAUUCUCAUGAUCUGAAACAUGCGUCUUCACAGGAGAUAGUUUCAUUUCACUUUUAUAAAGUGUUUGAUUGUCCUUUCUAAUUUUUGAAGCACUGUUGCACUUAUCACUCUUAAUUUAAAGAUGCACUGAAUCUCCUUUAUCUCACCAAUUUUGUUGAGGGUUGCAUUUAACAAAGAUUGAGGCUUUGUUUUGGGUUGUCCAAUUUUCUCACUUUUCCUUUUAUUUGGAUAAAAUAGCAAUUGAGUUAAAGGGAUACUCUACUUUUUUUGGAAAUAGGCUCAUUUUCCAACUCCCCCAGAGUUAAACUGUUGAGUUUUACCGUUUUUGAAUCCAUUCAGCCGAUCUCCGGUUCUGGCGGAACCACUUUUAGCAAAGCUCAGCAUACAUCAUUGAAGUGCACAAGACCAUUAGCAUUUCUUAAAAAAAAAAAAUAAUUGCCAAAGUGUAUUACAACAAGCA